CGGGGACUUUGGUAAGUAAGGUGGCCAGGAAAGCCCAAUGAGUUACCAGGUAGGUGUAGGUACCUACCUACCUUACCUACCCUUCAUGUGCUUUGUAGCUGGUGUGGUGGUGGGUAAUAGACCAGGCCCAGCUAAGUCAUGUAGCUAACGUACCUUAAAGUACCUAAACUAAUCGAUUGCCUGAGCUGGGUACCUUACCUUAGUUUGGCCAAGGUACCUGGGUAGGCAGGCGUCAGAAUCGAGUCGAUGUGAGGAGUCCACGCAACAAGGAGAAAACGAGAUGAAUCCUGUCAACGCUAGAUCCCGACCGGCGAGCGACUAAGGAACCACACAAUUCCCGGUGUUCUUUUUUUAAACCACAUUUAACGCCCUUAACCCGUUUGCCCCUCACUCGGCCGGCCAGUCAGCCCUCCUCCGAGUCCGCUAUCAUGCCAACGCUGGAGACACGAACCACCUUAUGAUCCUGCGAUGCCGCCGCGACGCUCACACAAGAAGAGCCGAGACGGCUGUAGACGCUGCAAGAGCCGCAAGAUCAAGUGUGACGAAGUCCAUCCGCGGUGUGGCAAUUGUACCAAACAUGGCGUCGACUGCGAUUUUGAACACCCCGGUGCCGUACGCAUCGGCGGCGGUGGCUUGAAUUCUCCCGGAUCGACCAGAACAUCACCGUCAACAUCGUCAACCGCCAACCCUCUUUACCGAAGCCCCGGCGCACUGAUCCUGUCACAAACCACACCACCGGCGAACAAGAUCCUCGAGCUGCGGCUCAUGCACCACUACACAGCGAUAACCAGCAAAACAAUCACUGUCACGACACCUACCACCGAGGAAGUAUGGCGCGAACUGGUGCCACAAAUAGCAUUUGGGGCGAACUCGCAACAUCUUGCUGACAGCAUCUUGGCUAUCUCAGCCCUUCAUCUACGGAGUAUCUACCCACAUGACCAAGAAAUAGUCCGAGCAUCCCAUGCCUACAUGGCCUCAUCUCUUCGCGAGUACAGCAACAUACUCACCAGGGGUAUCAAUGCCACGAAUGCCGAGGCUCUCUUCUUGACUUCCACCCUGAUCGCAAUACAGUCCACUGCCACUCGGGUCUUCACCAAGGAUGAGUCGGUCGUUGCUCCUCAACCUGGUGAUGGGACCAUACUCAAGAACCGAAUAGCUCCCGUUGGCGGCUACAGCCUUCCUCUGUCGUGGUUCCAUGCUUUCCAGGGCGUCAAGGCUCUUACCGCAGCCUCCUGGCAAUGGCUUAGGCACAGCAAUGUCGUGAUACCUAUCAUCAAUUCCCAACCCGUUUUACAGCUGGACUUCGCUAGCAACCACUGUACUCACUUUGGCCAUCUCCUGGACGGUCUAGAGCAGGAACUCGCCAUGCUGCCCUACGACGAACCCGGCCAAGUACCUCCUAGUCCAACGUGGGAAGCAAAUGGCGUGAAUGCAACUGCCGCCGCAGCAGCUGCAGCAGCAAUGUUUACCGCGUCUACCUCUUUGGGCGCUGGCAGUAGCGCCAACGGGCAGACCCAAGAGACUAGUGGCCUGGGUAGCCUAACCUCGAGCAAUACGCGGCAGUCCACCAAGCAGGCCUAUGAACAUGCUGUCGCUGUCCUGAAUUGGGCUCACAAGAUACCUCAUAAGGGUUCCCCUCUGGCUUUUCCUGCCACGGUCUCCCGUCGCUUUGUCGAACUCCUCGAGGAGCGCCGGCCACGCGCCCUGGCUAUUCUCGCCAGCUUUUUUGCGUUGCUGAAGUGCCAUGACUCGACUUGGUGGCUCCGCGGUAUGGCGAGGCGCGAGGUUUUGGGCAUCGUUUCGCUGUUUAACUCGGAUUAUUUCGGACCUGAGAUAGAGCGGCAGUGGUGGCCUCACCUCGAAUGGUCAGUCCGGGUAGCCUUGCACGAUGACAGGGCAAAUCCGGGGUAUAUCCCGCCAGAACUAUGGGGUUCUUCGUGGCUUACAGCUGAUGAAACUGAGCUUCGCAACGAAGCUCCAAAUUUUGUAUCGCAUAUCGAGAUGUUGACAGAGAUGAUAUCUGGCAUACAGAGCUUCCCCGCCCCGGAGCCUGCCCGAAGCAGCUCUUGAAAAGAUUUAGCUGCGAGUUGCAAGGUACAACUUUGUUCAUAUGAGCUAUCAGAGUUUCCGCUAUUCUCCUCGGUGCCGAGAGUUAGCCCUUGCUAGAUCCAGGUGGUUGAUGAUGGGUGGCUGAUGGGGUUUUGGUUCCUUUUUCUUUGUAUUUUUCUAUGUUUUCUUUUUCCGGGUCAACUGGUCCCAUCGUUUUUUUUUAUUGCCUUCUUUCUUUUCGUUCCCCCUUGGCAGCUGGAACUGUCCGAUGAGGUAUACCGCUAUGUCCGCUGCUUCAAGGUCACUUCUCGGUGGCGGCGAUUUUCACGUGGUUUGGGAGUCCGAGGCAGAGGCGUCUGGGCGGUGGGAGUUUCUGGAGUAAUGCAUUGUGGGAUACGAGCUGUUUGCUCUUGCUAAUUUCUCUUUCGUUCAUUUCACAUCCGGGUGUGGCACAUGCAGGGAUAAUAACGCGAACAAUACGAUACAUGUGUAGGGUCAAUAAACAUAUAUACAUCAACUACAACGUAUUACAGG